CAGAGAUGGCUUUGGCUCCUAGAAAAAGCUACCUAGCGGAUAUAAAAUCCAAAAGAAGUUAAAAGAAUAAUGUUCUCUUGUUGACAUAUUUAUGAAACCCAAUCAAGCCAAAAAUCUCCUCCAAUGAAGCCUGGCCAAUAAACCAAAGGAGGCGAAACUCAUUUUUCCUAACAUCUUCAUCACAUGCUAGGCUGUAACACUGUUCAAGAUCACACCUUGCUGCCUUUUUCCUUCUCUCUGUACUGUUGGGCAGCAUAAAUAGCGUUAGGUUGGUCUCUCAUCAAGCAAUUCUCAAGCAUGCAUUGUUCUAGUGGUGGUGGGUGGAGUUAAAAAGUGUUGUCGCCCCUCACCAGUCUACCACUCUCCUCCAUUCCAAAGGCCACCUUCAUUUCACCAGUCUCUCUCAAGCCUCUUCCACUAUCUCUAGCCUAUAAGAACCAUCCGACAACCCCGUGCAGGGAAUCCACACAUCCAUGUCCUUGUGCACCCACUCCUCUAGGAUGUCCUCCAUCGGGCUGUCAAAUACUGACAACAGCGUCCGCUCCAGGCGAGCUCACCGUCGGCAUGACUCUGGUGAGCUCGAUGUCUUUGAGGCAGUACGCUACUUUGCCGGUGCCAUGGACGAAGUUGGUCUCGCCGGAAGAAUUGGUCCUCAGAGAGUCAUUAGGGAAGACAGGGUGCUUUGGAGGGAAGAGAGGAAAAGUUUGGACACACCAAUGACGACCAUACCUCCCCAAGCGUGCCAAGGGGUGGAGAAAUACCAUUCCAAGGAGAGGAAGUGUAAGCAACCAAGCUCCCCUGGUACUAGGUUGGCUAGCUUUCUAAACUCUAUAUUUAACCAAACUGGUUCUAAGAGGAAAUCCAAGUCUUGCACCACCGCCAAGUCAUCGAAGGAUGGAGAGUUAGAAGAGAGGCCUGGAGGGAGGAGUAGGAGGAGGAGUUGCCACUCCCGGAGCACCCCUCCUCCUCACACCAGCAUCCCAGCAAAGUCGCAGGAGGAACAGUGCAGAAGCUAUAAGUUGGCCCAUGGCCAGCCAAAGGUGGCAACUUUCUGUCCACAAAGAGAGGUUUGGGAUGAGAGAAGGGUACAAGGGGAGACUUGGCUAGCUGAGAUAGCUAAGUUCAGUGAUAGACUUCAUGACAAAAGCAAGGUUUUGGGUGGUGGGAAGCUUGAUGUGGCUUGGAAUGAAGGGCUGUUGGAGAACAGAUGGGUGUUACAUAGAAAUAAAGAGGGGUUCUUCGAGAAGCAUGGGGAAUGUGGGGAUGAGUUUAGAAGAAAGGAGGAGAGUAUGGAGGAUAAUGGAGGAGAGACUGACUCCAGCUCUGAUCUUUUUGAGCUGAAGAAUAUUGAGUUUGGGGAGUUCUCAAGUGGACUGCCCUUCUAUGGGACCACAGAAAUGGAGAUAGUUGAGAGAGGAUCUUCCAUUACUAGUGUUCCCUUUUAAGAACCUAUAUUCUCUGCCACUCUUUUGUUUCAAUUUUUCUGACUUAUUUUUUUUAUAUAUGGGGAUUGGUUGUGAUCAGAUGUAUCUCUCUGGAGUGAAAAUAGAACAGAAGAAGCUUCUGUUGUAAAGCUAAUAUUGCUUCUGAUGAUCUGCUUCUUCUGUUGUUCAUGAUUAUACUAAAAAGUUACCUUUUAUCCUUGUAAAGCGCUCUCUCUCUC